GCUUUUCAUUUUUCAUCUAAAAGAAAUUUCCAACUUCCUUUUAGAAAUUCCUUUUCCCAACUUUCAUAUAUAGUCAAAUUCCAACUCUCAUAGUCCAACAUAUUUAUGAAAACCCAGUUUCGUAUCAAUCCAAAAAUAUAUAUAUUCCUUUAAUAUGUUGUUUCUUCGACAUGUUUUGGGGUCAAUAUUCAUAGUUUGUUGCCUUACAACGCUUACAGAUGGAGCUACAAUGACGAAGCUUUGAAAAGCAUUGGUAAAACAUUGGGGAAGACAGGGUGGGACUUUGGUAUUGAUCCAUGCAGUCAACGCCAUAGUUCACUAUUUAUCAUGUCGUCCAAAUGCAGCCACACAUUUUCGUCAUGCUUUUUCUUUCUUCAUCUCAGAGAAAUUCCCAACUUUCAUUUCUUAAUUUGUCUUUCAUCUCAAAGUAAUUUGCAAUUUUGGAGCAAAAGAUAGGAAACUUCCAACUUUCUUUUAUUUUCAAUCAUCUCAAAGAAAAUUCCAACUCUCAUAAUCCAAUAUAUUUAUGAAACCCAAUCUUGCAACCCAUUUUUUGUUCAUUCAUAUCAAGCCAAAAAAAAAAAAAAAACUCUUGAAUCCGCUCCAAAAACAUUCCAAUAUGUUGUUUCUUCGACUUGUUUUUGGGUCAAUAUUCAUAGUUUGUUGCCUUACAACGCUUUCAAACGAAGCUUCACUUCCAAAUGCUGAAGUGGAAGCUUUGGAAAGUAUUGGUAGAACAUUAGGGAAGACAAAGUGGAACUUUAAUGAAACAUGCAUUCAAGGCAAUGGUCGGUUGGACCAACCUUCACCCAAGUUUAAAGAAUCUUAUGUUGAUAAUGUUACAUGCGAUUGUUCCUUCAACAACAAUACUAUCUGUCAUGUCAUUCACAUACUACUCAAGGGACAGGGCCUUUCGGGUACUCUCCCACUAAACUUGACAAGUCUCCCUUUUCUGCAAGAAUUUGAUCUAACUCGAAACUAUCUUAAUGGCACUAUUCCUCGGGGGUGGGGUUCUUCUACGCGACUCAUUAAGAUUUCCCUUCUAGGAAAUCGAUUAACUGGUUUAAUCCCAGAAGAGCUAGCAAAUCUCAGAAAUCUUACCAGCUUAGUCCUUGAGAACAAUGGUCUUUCAGGAACUUUGCCUGCAGCAUUGAGGGAUCUACCCAAAAUGGAGCGAUUGCAUCUGAGUUCCAACAAUUUUACUGGUGAAAUACCUUUAUCAUUUGCUGGGUUGACUUCAUUGAAGGAGUUUCGGAUUAGUGACAACAAUUUUACAGGACAAAUUCCUGACUUCAUAUUCCGAAAUUGGACAAAUCUUGAAGAGAUAUAUAUGGAGGGAAGUGGUUUGAGUGGACCAAUUCCAUCCAUUAAUGCUACUUUACUUAACUUAACAUACAUAAUAAUUGGUGACUUGAAUGGAGCUGAAACAAAUUUUACACGACAACUCAUCGAUGCCAGUUUGCCUAAAUUGGAAAGACUGAUGUUGAGGAGUUGCAAUCUCAUUGGAGAGAUACCUGCUUCUUUUGGGACAUUUACAUCCAUAAAGAUAUUAGAUCUCAGCUUUAAUAGACUUGGUGGAAAAAUUCCAGAUGAGCUUUCUAAUCUUAAUUUCGAUACUACGUUCUUAAAUGGAAACAAUUUUACUGGAUCAAUCCCUCAAUGGGUACGGAAAACAAACGAAAAAGUGGAUCUUUCAUACAACAACUUCAAUGACACAGGUGAAUCAAGCUGUCAAAUAAGCAAAACCGUGAGCAUUGCAAGACUCAAUAACACGGGAAUUGUUCCAUGUUUGACAAGCCAAAUUACCUGCUCAUCAGAACCUUUGCACUUUGUCCAUAUAAACUGUGGAGGGAGAGAAAUAACUGUUAAUGACACCACUUAUGAAGCCGAUUUUGAUGGAGCCGGGCCUUCGACAUUUUACCAAAGUACCAACUGGGCAUUUAGCAGCACCGGAAUUUUUCUAAGCGAUGACCGCCCUAACGACAUCUUAGUUUUGGACAAUAGACAAGUUUCUGUUGAUGGCGAUGAAAAACAACUCUACGAAAGUGCAAGGCUUGCGCCUAGCUCUUUGACGUACUAUGCAUUUUGUCUCGCCAAUGCAACUUACAUAGUAAGCCUCCAUUUCGCUGAGAUUCAGUUCACUAAUGAUCGAAAUUAUAGUAGCUUGGGGAGACGCAUAUUUGAUGUUUACAUUCAGGGAAAGCAGGAGCUAAAGGAUUUCAAUAUUGAAGAAGAAGCAAGAGGGGCAGGCAUACCAAAAGUAAAAAAAAUUACUGUAAAUGUAACGGAUAGCACUUUGGAGAUCCGUUUCCAAUGGGCCGGGAAAGGGACAACUUCUAUACCGAAGAAAAGCAUUUACGGUCCUCUUAUCUCAGCAAUAUCUAUUUUAGAUCCUACGUAUAAACCUCCAUCAGAAAGCGACGGUGGUGUUGCGACAGCUGCAGUGGUCAGUAUUGUGGGUGGAGUAGUGUUUGCUACUUUGUUGAUUUUAGGCAUCCUUUGGUGGAAGGGCUGUUUAAAAUGGAAGAGUACUUUGGAACAAGGAUUAACAUGUUCCACAAAUCUAAAAGGUAUAGAGUUGCAGACAACUUCCUUUACCUUAAGGCAAAUUAAAGCUGCUACAAAAUAUUUUCAUGCUUCCAAUAAGAUCGGAGAAGGUGGUUUUGGUCCCGUUUACAAGGGUACUCUAGCAGAUGGCAUAGUGAUUGCUGUGAAGCAGCUAUCAGCUCGAUCGAAACAAGGAAACCGUGAGUUUGUGACUGAGAUUGGCAUGAUUUCAGCUUUACAAAACCCUCAUCUUGUAAAGUUGUACGGAUGUUGCAUUGAAGGAAAUCAAUUGAUGCUUAUAUACGAGUACCUGGAAAACAACAGCCUGGCUCGGGCAUUAUUUGGGCCACAAGAAUCUCAGUUGACAUUAGAUUGGCCAACAAGAAUGAAGAUCUGCAUUGGUAUAGCUAGAGGGUUAGCUUACCUCCAUGAGGAAUCAAGGUUGAAGAUUGUGCAUAGAGACAUAAAGGCCACUAAUGUGUUGCUUGAUAAGAAUCUAAACCCUAAAAUAUCUGACUUCGGUUUGGCCAAACUUGAUGAAGAAGAUAAUACCCACAUUAGUACCCGAAUUGCAGGAAAUUAUGGCUAUAUGGCUCCUGAGUAUGCAUUGCAUGGCUAUUUGACAGAGAAAGUGGAUGUUUAUAGUUUUGGGAUAGUGGCUCUCGAAAUUGUUAGUGGGAGGUGUAACACUAGAAUCCGCCCAAAGCAAGAACCUUUCAUUCUCCUUUAAUGGGCUCAUGUUUUGAAGGAGAAUGGGAACUUGUUGGAAUUAGUCGAUACAAGGAUUGGCUCGGAUUACCACAAAAAUGAGGUGUUGACAAUGAUAAAUGUUGCUCUAUUAUGCACAAAUCCCACUGCUUCAGCUAGACCUCCAAUGUCUUCAGUGGUGAGCAUGCUUGAAGGCAAGGCUGAAGUUCAGGAAUACUGCACAGAUUCAAUGUCCUCUUCAAGUCGUCAAAAGAAUGUUAAAACUAUGAAAAAGUUGUAUAGGAAACUUGAAGAUGAUGAUGAUGAUGCAUAUAUUAGCCAGACAAAGAGUAUGUUAGGUGAUGCGUCAUGGACCACUUCUUCAACAUCUGCUGCUGAUCUCUAUCCAGUUAGUUUGACUUCUGGGUGUUGGCAAAAUAGAGAUUCCACAAACUAGAAACAAUUUUCUAUCACCAUCUUGCUUCUGGAAUAAGUUCAUAAAGAAUCAGACAACGUAUAAUUCCCCUCCCCCUCCCAGAAGUUUAGUACUCCUUUGAACCCAAGGCUUAAUUAGCCCUUUUUUCUAAUAAAUUUGAUGGUGGAAUUUCAAUAUUUGUAUACCUCUUUUCUCUAAUUAUCAAACUACAAUAACCACCA